UCUGCCAUAACAUUAAAGAAGAUGGUUAACUGGACAGGAAUGGUGAAAACGGGUUGAUAAGUGAUUUACUUUAUUUACUUGGCAAAACCCUUGAUCUUUUAAUGGUAGUGUUUUCCAUAAAACAUGUCUGACAAUGGUCACUUCAUGUAUUUUGCUUUUGGGAGCAAUUUAUUGAAAGAAAGACUACAAUUGGCAAACCCGUCUGCGAUAUUUCAGUACACGGGUCGGUUAAAGGACCAUGUGUUGAACUUUGGGCUGUGGGGGGAGCAUGUGGACAACCGGUGGCAUGGUGGAGUGGCUACCAUCGAGGCCAGCCCUGGUCUGGAGGUAUGGGGGGUGGUUUGGAAAAUGGAAAACCAACACCUUGGUAGCCUGGACAAGCAGGAGGGAGUGGACAUGGGAAUGUACUACCCCCUUCAGGUGACUGUGGAGACGGAUGGUGGCCCGGUGUUCUGUCGGACCUAUCAGAUGAACCACUUCCAUGCCUGCCCUCCUUCCCCACAGUACAAACAGGUGGUGUGUUUAGGUGCCCAGCAAAACAAUCUUCCUUCCGACUAUCAGAAGCGUCUGCAGGCUGUGCAGACCAACAACUACAGCGGACCCUCCAUCCUGGACCAGAUCGCUACAGUCAUGAAGUAGAGGAUGCUCAGAAGCAGCUGGAACACAGGAUUAGCUAGGCUAUAUGGACUGAAAGCUUUGACUAUUUGUACUGACUGGAUUGGUCAAAUUUGAUGGGCAACACAGCACUGUUUUGUGACCAUCUAAAGGUGUGUUGGUAAAAAGAAUUAACUUAUACUUUACUUUUUAAAAACUUUUAAUAGUGAAAUUAAUUUGUAUUUAUCUUCAAUGUUCUAUAAAGACUAUGUAAAAAUAAAAAUAAAAUAAACCAGUACUAUCGUUAUUACAUUUUUUAAAUAGUUAAUAUUGGUGGCAAAACAUGAGCAAACAAUAAACACAAUGCCGGGAAUUACAGAU